CCCGCAGCCCCCUCCCGCCCGGCCAGCCCCGAAGAGUUGCCCGGUGGCCGAGGCAGACGGAAGCCGAGGGAGAGUCUCGACAGCAGCAGGAUGGGGGAUUCCAAAGUGAAAGUGGCUGUGCGGAUCCGGCCCAUGAACCGGAGAGAAAUUGACUUGCAUACCAAAUGUGUGGUGGAUGUAGAUGCAAACAAGGUUAUUCUUAGUCCUGUAAAUACUAAUCUUUCCAAAGGAGAUGCCCGAAACCAGCCAAAGGUGUUUGCAUAUGAUCAUUGUUUCUGGUCCAUGGAUGAAUCAGUCAGAGAAAAAUAUGCAGGUCAAGAUGAUGUUUUCAAGUGCCUUGGGGAGAAUAUCCUUCAGAAUGCGUUUGAUGGUUACAAUGCAUGUAUCUUUGCCUAUGGACAGACUGGAUCUGGAAAAUCUUAUACCAUGAUGGGCACAGCCGACCAACCUGGAUUAAUUCCAAGACUUUGCAGUGGACUCUUUGAACGAACUCAGAAAGAGGAAAAUGAAGAGCAGAGUUUUAAAGUAGAAGUGUCCUAUAUGGAAAUUUAUAAUGAAAAAGUUAGAGACCUUCUUGAUCCCAAAGGAAGUCGUCAAACGUUAAAAGUCAGAGAGCACAGUGUGUUGGGACCCUAUGUCGAUGGACUUUCUAAACUGGCUGUCACAAGCUACAAGGAUAUUGAGUCUUUGAUGUCUGAGGGUAACAAGUCUCGUACAGUUGCUGCCACGAACAUGAAUGAGGAGAGCAGUCGAUCCCAUGCAGUCUUCAAAAUCACCCUUACCCAUACUUUAUAUGAUGUGAAGUCUGGGACAUCUGGAGAGAAAGUGGGCAAACUGAGCUUGGUUGACUUAGCUGGCAGCGAGCGGGCAACGAAAACUGGAGCCGCAGGGGACAGGUUGAAGGAGGGGAGCAACAUCAACAAGUCCCUCACGACCCUCGGUCUCGUUAUCUCAGCCCUAGCAGAUCAGAGUGCUGGCAAAAACAAGAAUAAAUUUGUUCCAUAUCGUGACUCAGUUCUCACUUGGCUGCUCAAAGACAGUCUUGGGGGUAACAGCAAGACAGCCAUGGUGGCCACUGUUAGUCCAGCCGCUGAUAACUAUGAUGAAACCCUUUCAACUCUGCGGUAUGCAGACCGCGCCAAGCACAUCGUGAACCAUGCUGUGGUGAAUGAGGAUCCUAAUGCACGAAUUAUCCGGGAUCUCCGGGAAGAAGUAGAAAAGCUCCGAGAACAGCUAACUAAAGCAGAGGCAAUGAAAUCUCCAGAGCUAAAAGACCGACUAGAAGAAUCAGAGAAGCUAAUCCAGGAAAUGACUGUGACCUGGGAGGAGAAAUUAAGGAAAACCGAGGAGAUUGCACAGGAGCGACAGAAGCAACUUGAGAGUCUUGGAAUAUCUCUUCAAUCUUCUGGGAUUAAAGUUGGGGAUGAUAAAUGCUUCCUUGUUAAUCUGAAUGCUGAUCCUGCUCUGAAUGAACUUCUGGUUUACUAUUUAAAGGAACAUACAUUGAUAGGGUCAGCAAAUUCCCAAGAUAUCCAGCUAUGUGGAAUGGGAAUUCUUCCUGAACAUUGUAUUAUAGACAUCACAUCAGAAGGCCAGGUUAUGCUGACUCCUCAGAAGAACACCAGAACAUUUGUAAAUGGCUCUUCUGUAUCUAGUCCUAUACAGCUACACCAUGGGGACAGGAUAUUAUGGGGAAACAACCACUUCUUCAGACUGAAUUUGCCUAAAAAGAAGAAGAAAGCAGAUAGAGAGGAUGAGGAACAAGACAGCUCCAUGAAGAAUGAUACCAGUUCUGAGCAACUGGAUGUAGACGGAGACUCCUCCAGUGAGGUGUCCAGUGAAAUUAACUUCAAUUAUGAGUAUGCACAGAUGGAGGUUACCAUGAAGGCUCUGGGUAAUAAUGAUCCAAUGCAGUCCAUAUUGAACAGCCUAGAACAACAGCAUGAAGAAGAGAAACGAUCUGCAUUAGAGCGCCAGAGGCUUAUGUAUGAACAUGAAUUGGAGCAGCUACGAAGAAGGCUGUCUCCUGAGAAGCAAAACUGCCGUAGCGGGGACAGGUUUUCUUUCCACUCACCCAGUGCUCAACAGCGACUGAGACAGUGGGCUGAAGAGAGAGAAGCAACACUGAAUAACAGCCUGAUGAGGCUGAGGGAACAAAUUGUUAAAGCCAAUCUGUUGGUGAGAGAAGCUAGUUACAUUGCAGAGGAACUGGAUAAAAGAACAGAGUAUAAAGUAACCCUGCAGAUUCCAGCCUCCAGCCUGGAUGCCAACAGGAAGCGAGGCUCUCUUCUUAGUGAGCCUGCAAUCCAGGUGAGAAGAAAAGGAAAAGGAAAACAGAUUUGGUCUUUAGAGAAACUGGACAACAGAUUGCUGGAUAUGAGAGACCUUUAUCAGGAGUGGAAGGAGUGUGAAGAAGAUACUCCAGUCAUACGGUCCUACUUCAAGCGUGCUGAUCCAUUCUAUGACGAACAGGAAAAUCACAGUCUCAUUGGGGUGGCGAAUGUCUUCCUCGAGUCCCUCUUCUAUGAUGUGAAGUUACAGUAUGCUGUUCCAAUUGUCAACCAGAAAGGAGAGGUGGCAGGUCGGCUGCAUGUAGAGGUGAUGCGAAUCAGUGGUGACAUUGGGGAAAGGAUUGCUGGAGGUGAUGACACCACAGAUCUCUCCUGUGAUAAGGAAACCCAGGAGAAUAGACUUGUGUGCAUGGUUAAAAUACUUCAAGCCACUGGCUUGCCACAGCAUCUGUCCCACUUUGUGUUCUGCAAAUACAACUUCUGGGACCAACAGGAGCCAGUAAUUGUUGCACCUGAAGUUGAUACCUCCUCCUCCUCUCCUGUCAGCAAGGAGCCUCAAUGCAUGGUUGUCUUUGAUCACUGCAAUGAGUUUUCUGUUAACAUUACUGAAGACUUCAUUGAGCAUCUUUCAGAAGGGGCAUUGGCAAUUGAAGUAUAUGGCCAUAAGAUGAAUGAUCCUCGGAAAAACCCAGCCCUGUGGGAUUUAGGGAUUAUCCAAGCAAAAACACGUAGUCUUCGGGACAGAUGGAGUGAAGUCACCAGAAAAGUGGAAUUCUGGGUCCAAAUCUUGGAACAGAAUGAGAAUGGUGAAUACUGCCCUGUAGAAGUAAUUUCUGCAAAGGAUGUGCCAACAGGAGGAAUCUUUCAACUCCGGCAGGGACAGUCUCGGCGAGUUCAAGUGGAAGUGAAGUCUGUGCAGGAAUCUGGGACUUUACCACUGAUGGAAGAAUGUAUAUUGUCUGUUGGCAUUGGAUGUGUAAAAGUUAGAACACUCAGAUCCCCCAAGACUCUUGAGACCUUUCAUGAGGAAGAGGAGGACAUGGACAGCUACCAGGAUCGGGAUUUAGAGAGACUGCGUAGAAAAUGGCUAAAUGCAUUAACAAAACGUCAGGAGUACUUAGAUCAACAACUGCAAAAGCUUGUCAGUAAACAUGAUAAAACAGAGGAUGAUGCCGACCGUGAAGCUCAACUUCUAGAGAUGAGACUGACCUUGACCGAGGAGCGGAAUGCAGUAAUGGUCCCCUCUGCUGGCAGUGGCAUUCCAGGGGCCCCAGCAGAAUGGACCCCAGUUCCUGGGAUGGAAACACACAUUCCUGUUAUAUUCCUUGACUUAAAUGCUGAUGAUUUCAGCUCCCAGGAUAAUCUUGAUGACCCAGAAGCUGGUGGAUGGGAUGCUACCCUCACUGGAGAAGAAGAGGAUGAGUUCUUUGAACUGCAGAUUGUAAAACAGCAUGAUGGAGAGGUGAGAGCAGAAGCCUCUUGGGAUUCUGCAGUGCACAGCUGUCCUCAGCUCAGUAAAGGCACCCCUGCGGAUGAGCGAGUGUAUCUGAUUGUGCGGGUGACAGUCCAGCUCAGCCAUCCAGCUGACAUGCAGUUAGUGUUACGGAAACGAAUUUGUGUCAAUGUUCAUGGCCGGCAGGGUUUUGCUCAGAGUCUCCUAAAAAAGAUGUCACAUCGAAGUUCUAUUCCUGGCUGUGGAGUGACUUUUGAGAUCGUCUCCAAUAUUCCAGAGGAUGCCCAGGGAGUAGAGGAACGAGAAACAUUAGCAAGAAUGGCAGCUAAUGUUGAAAACACUGCUUCUGCUGACUCAGAGGCUUAUAUUGAAAAAUACCUCAGAAGUGUGCUGGCUGUGGAGAACCUUCUCACUUUGGAUCGUCUUCGCCAGGAAGUUACAGUGAAGGAACAGUUGACAGGAAAGGGGAAACUGAGUAGGAGGAGUAUUAGCUCUCCAAAUGUGAACAGAUUGUCUGGCAGCCGACAAGACCUUAUUCCAUUCUACAGUCUAGGCAGCAACAAGGGCCGGUGGGAAAGUCAACAGGAUGUAUCCCAAACUGCAGUUUCCAGAGGGAUAGCUCCUGUUACCCCAUCUCUCCCAGACCGUCCCCAUAAUAACCAUUCUCCCGACCCAGGAUUUAGUAGCCUAGCAGCCUCCUACUUGAAUCCAGUAAAAUCCUUUGUGCCGCAGAUGCCAAAGCUCUUGAAGUCGCUCUUCCCUGUCCGUGAUGAGAAAAGGGGCAAGCAGCCAUCUCCCCUUGUACAUCAGCCCGUGCCCCGAAUCAUGGUGCAGUCUGCCUUCCCGGACGUGGGGACGCCCAGAAUGGUGGAGGCUUACCGAGAGAGCGUGGGGAUUAGUGCGGCUCCUGAUGUGACUGUGCAGAUGGCCCCCGUGAAGAUGUGUGACAGACCCACGAAAGCACCUCCCCAGCAGUUCGUCACUGCCAACACCCAGGCCCCCGAAGUUCAGGAAGGGCCACCCAGCCCCCUGAGUGAGGCCUCCAGUGGGUACUUUUCCCACAGUGUCUCCACCGCGACACUGUCCGAUGCAUUGGUCCCUAGCCUUGAUGCCGCGGCUGCAGUGGGGGGCCAGACGCCUGGCUCGCCCCCUCCUGCCCUCUGCCCGGCCACCCCGGACACGGAGCUCCCAUCUCCCUCUGCUGCUCCCACUGCAGACAGUGAUCUUCCUGCCCGGUUGGAGGGUCAGCGCAGCCUUCUGUCCCUGCCACUCCCGGCAACGCAAAAUGCUUGGGGCAACAGCAAUGGUGCGUCCGAGGCCAGGGGAGCAGUUUCCUCGGAGAAGCAGAAUGAAGAAGCAAGGGCUUCACUGACUCAUCUCCCCACACCUGCCCCCCAGAAGGAAUCACCCAGCCAACAAAGCGGCGGCAAAGUUUCCUCGGCCACCAAGCAGCUCGGAAGAGCCACGGACCAUGUGAAGCCUGCCGCCAGCUUAGAGCUGGAUGUCUCCAAACCACAGCCUCCAGACCUCCUGUCUCAAUCACCUGCUCUGGCAUCUCCAUUCAGAAUCCAGAAGGUGCGAACCUCCGAGCUGAAGUCGUUCUCGCGCAUGCUGGGCGGGGACUCCAGCUGCCCCUCUGGUGCUGAGGAGGACCUGCCGGCCUCCGGGGGGCCAAGUGACAGCAGUGCUGGGACACAGGCCCUGGGAAAGCUGGAGGUUUCCUCAGAUUCUGAAGAAGCCAGCGAAGUCCCAGAGUGGCUCAAAGAGGGAGAAUGUGUCACCGUGGGCACCAACAAGAUAGGCAUUGUGAGGUACAUCGGGCCAACUGACUUUCAAGAGGGGACGUGGAUCGGAGUAGAGUUACACUCACCUUCAGGUAAGAAUGACGGCUCCAUCGGAGGGAAGCAGUACUUCAAGUGCAACCCCGGCCAUGGGCUGCUGGUGAGGCCGAGCCGGGUGCGCAGAGCAACGGGCGCAGGGCAGCGGCGCAGUGUGGGGCCCAGGCUGCAGGGCGCCCCUGAGCCCCGAAGGAGCAGCACCCUCUCCGGCUCCGCCACCAACCUGGCCUCCCUGACGGCGGCUCUGGCCAAGGCAGAGGGCGCCACAGCGCUGAGGGCCGACAGGAGCCAUAAGAACCCGGAGAACCGAAAGUCCUGGGCCAGCUAAGCCGGUGCCCCGGCCCUCCUCCCUCACGGUCCUCCUGGGCUGCUGGCCUGCUUCCCUGGCCAGUGCUGCCGGAGGGCGUGGCUCCCGAGCCUUGCCGGUGACGGCCCUGGGGUGGGCAGUGACACCUCAGACCCCCUUCCCUGGGGAGCAGGGCAGUGAACUCUUUUUGCACAACACAGGGCUCGUGACCUUUCCCUGCUCCUCCCGCGACUCUGGAAGCUUCAUUUCUUCCUCUGCUCAGAGAAGGGGCAUCUCCACAAGGCAGAGGGGUUGAAGGUUCUAGGAGCGUGGAGCAGUCCUGGAUGGUGGGAGCCAGGCCCCUGCCUGGAGAUUUCCCCACCUGGGGCUGUUGUUCCUCUUUUCUGUUCUGAUGACCCCACUAACCUCGUAACCAACCUCGUAACCAGUGCCUUUCUUUCCCAGAGGCAGGGCAUCCUCCCUCUGCCUCCAGGGCCAGCGCCCCAGCCGACCCGCCGUGGUUCUGGCUUGCUCCCCAGGCUCACUGCAUCCUCUGGCCCCCCAGAGACCCAACACCAAGUAACAGACUCCCACAAGUGCCUCAGGUGGGACUUUUGGCACAAGGUCCUGGGCGCCACAGCAACGGGCACUGGGCCUGACCCUCCCACCUUUCCCUCCUCCUUUCUGCAGGGUUUUGUAGCGGUUUCUUUGUGGGCAUGUUAGUGUCAUUAUACCUGGAAAGCGUUUUCUCUUUGCCAUUUGUUCCCUUAACAGAGUGCUUGGAAUAUAUUUAUUUAUAUUUAUUUUUUCAAAAUCCGAAAUCUUUCGCGAGCCACAAUCAUCUGCCCAGGCAUGAGUGGCCCGGGCCUGCCUUGCACAUCACCAGCCUCUGAGGCUGCUCAGCAGCUGCCAGCCUCCUGCCUCUGGCAGGGGUUCCCAGGGGGACAGAGGGUGAUGCCCCUCCUUACGUUAUCAUUGACACAGACGCACAAGUGGCCUUACUCCAAGAGAGCAAAAACUUGGAGGAUUAUGUUAUGGUGCAUCUGCAAUGGCAAAGUCAGCAGAGGUGUCACGACCCUAUUUGGUGCAACUUUGGUUUCUUGGAAGGGCCUGAGACCAGUUUAACUUCUUGGCAGUUCUAUACCCUGAUGACUCCCUAAGGCUGGGGGGCUGUGGCCUAGCAGGUGGGCCUGUGCAAGGAGAGCUCCCCACUGUCCCUACCAGUCCAGACCUGGACAGCAGGAGACCCUCCACGAGCAUUGCCCAGCUCUCGCAGGACACUUCCUGGAACCCUUCCCCACCAGGCUGGUUGGGAGUUGGAACGGAGUCUGCAGAAGUGAGAAGAGGGCUGGUGCCUCUGGGACCAGGGGGUGGCGUGUGGCUCCGGUGGGGAGUGCCAGGUGGGAUGGAACCUCCAUGGGUGAGCUAGUGCUUCUGGAACUUUCCACGGGAGUAGCCCAGGGACCUAGUGCCCAGCAUUCAGCUACCUGCCAUGUAUGUCCUCACAAGGGAGCAGGAGCCUAGGGGACACCCUGGCAGCCCGGGGACAAACCCCGGGUCAGGAUUUGUGCACGGCACUGGGAGGCCUGUUUUUAGUUCUCACAUUUAGACUCUUAGAAACGAUGCCCAGGAAGCCCUUUUUGAAAAAUCUCUGUUCCGUAGGGAUUUGAAGCCCCUACGGAGAAGUCAUGUCAGGUUCCCUGCCCCAGAGUGGGGCUGUGUGGGGCCCACGGGUACCUGAGGGUUUGCAGCUGCCGCAGGCCCAAAUCCCCGUUGGGGAGGAGCCCGGGAUUAAUUAGCUUCCAUUAAUUACACGUGGCGCCGCCCGCCCGCCCACCGCUUUGGGGCCCAGCUUCGUAACAGCCAGCUGUGUGCCAGGUGAGAGCUGCCGCUCCCGCCCACCCCGUGUGCCUCAGUCCUCACUCCUCACUGGGCUGAGCCCCCGUGACUUGAGCUGCCACAGGAGGACGGGCCCGGAGCUGAAGGGCACACCCCUCGUGUAGCUUUAUCUCAGCAAAUGUUCAGUUUCUGCCUAACCUCCUUCCCAGCGCAGAAGUCCUCCACAAAUCUGUGUUCAGGUAGGACUUUUCUCUGCGGACACCAGCGUCUGUGUGGUCGGUUGAUGAACGAACUGGCACCACCCCUUCCUCUGAGGGGAGCAGCGAUGCUCUUACAGCCUCCGACGACCUGCCUGUGGGCAGACGUCGCACGCCCGGCUCACUGGGGAAAACAAAUGGAAGGUCAUUUGGCCGUUUAUGAUCCUUAUUUACCUGGCAGAGUACUUGCCGGAGCCCAGCCCUGCGCGUGCCUUCAGCAGCCUUCCGCAGAAUUGUGUCAGGAAGGCCAGUCGGGAGAUGGGUGUCAUGCUCUGUCUCUGUCACUUGGUUUGGUUGGCAUGGAGUGGACUGCAGUGGAAUUAUGGACCUGAGCGGGGUCAUAUCAGCUGGAGCUUGCAGGAGCCGUGGAAGAGACCAGCCUGGGGUGUAAGGAGGUUUCGGGACCACCUUCUCUUUCUCCCAAGGUCCCCUCUGCAGCCAGCAUGGCCUCCCUCCGUCCCCUGGGCCUGAGUUUCCUCUGCCUGAGAUUCCCCACCACCCAUCCCCAUUCCUUGCAGGUCUGCCUCCCAGGGGAGCAGCGUUGCCCCAGCCGUGGCUUCCCCUGGGUCUUGUGCGGAAGCAGCUGACAGUGUGAGCAGCUGAGCAGAGGGCCUGCCGGGACAGCCUGGCUGCCAACGGGGUGGGAGGGCCGUCAUUGGUCUCGGGAGGAAGGCAUUACUGUGGCUGCUGUCUGGUAUGCAGCUCUCGCCUGCUUUGGAGCACGUUUUGGGCCCCACCCUGCAGGGUGUGAGAGAGGAGACGUCUGUCCCACUGGUGUCGUUGGCGAGCUGCCACUGUGGCUGGAGAGUCAACAGUGGGCCUGCCUGGGGACCGGGAGAGGCUGGUCUGGCUGUCCUGACUCAGCUCUGGCCCCACAGGCACCUUGAGAGCCACGAGGCCUGUGUGGCUCGUCAUAGGGACAGGGUUUGCAGUCCCAACCCUCCCUAUCUUCUUGCUUCACAACUGGCGCGUCCCUUCAAGGUCCGGGUGUCGCUGGGUUAAGCAGGGUGCAGGCGUCACUCUGUUGCAGUCCGCUGUCUUCCUGGGCAGCUCGGGGCAGCCCUCCUCCUCCAGGGGAUAAGCAGUGCGAGUCUGAGGGAGGCCUCCCUGCUCUGGUCUGCGGCCUUCACCCUCGCUCCUCGGUGCAAACUCAUGUUAACCUGUUACUAGAAAAGCAGUGGCGUGUGGAAGACUUGCUCGCUAAAGCCAUAGCCCAGGCAGUCCCUAUGGCCCAGCGUUUAUUGGGCCAAAGGUGCGGUCUUGCCGGGGGCAUGGCCGUGGGAGGUGGAGGGAGGGGCUCCAUCGCACCCACCUUCUGUUCUCACCUUACUAAUAGGCCUGGUUUUAAAUGAAGUGUCAGCACUAAGAUUUGAGAUGUGGUUACAGCAGGUCCCAGGCUCUGGGAUUGGGUGUGACAGCAGGAGGGGAUGGGCCACCUGGAUGCUGGGGCCACCCCCAACGGCCCCAGGCAGCACCAGGAUGUGUCAGAGGCCAGGCGGGGGAUCCUCCCGGGCUUCUGCCUCCCUUUCUGCACAUGUACAAUCUCCACUGGCCGUCACCCCCAGGGCACUGCAGUGGCGGUGGGGCGGGAGUGGGGGGGGGGUGGCCAUAGGGGGCAGCCGUCCAAAAUCCCAGCCUGGCCAGAGGGCACAGGAGAGUGAGAGAGCACGGCCAGUGCAUGUGGCUGGGGUCAGCCACGAAGGGCCUUGUGCAUUUAGUGAGAGAUUUGAGCUUCCAUUGAGCUGUGAAUGGGACCCUUGAAGAGUUUGAAAGGCUUAAACGGUGUUUAAAUCCCCCAUUACUUCCUUAUGUUUUCUCAUCUUGGCUUAACGUUCCCUGUAUGUGAAACCCACAAGAAGUUCAAGGGUAGUUAUUUUCCUGGCUGAGAUUAGCUCCACUUGCUUGAAAGCAGGUUGGCCUUGUAGGCCUGCGUCUGGGGCAGGGAGUGCCUGAGAAGGCAGCCACCUGUCUGUCGUGCCUUUUUACCCUGGGGAUGGUGGUUGCAGCCUGUCUUGCAGCCUAAAACACUGGCUCAACCGCCCCCACACAUGUCUUUCUCUCAGAGAAGUCCAUUGUGCCUUCAGCCAGGCUGCUGACACUAAUUUUGUGGGGGGUCUUGGAGGGUCUUCUCCACGUGUGGAGUUCUGUAAAUACGACAGGUUCACGUGUAAAGAAAUGAUUUUGAUUGGGCGACUAUAUUGAUUUGUUGCACAUGAAGUGGGAGUUUAAAAAAUCCAAAGACUCUGUAAUGAAUUGUAAAGACUUAAUGAUUUGUAUUAUAUAAUGAACUAAAGGUCUGUACUUUUGUACCAUAUAUGCCUUUCCGUCGUAUGACCAGCAGCCUCUAAAUAAAACCAGAUGAUUUCAUGCCUA